AUGUACAUGUAUUACCAUUCAUCGAGAGUGGCUCUAUGCCACCACGAGAUUCUCCAUCUAGCCGUCGCGUCUGCCGCACCUGGUCUCGAUGGCAACGCAAGUCCUGACAUGUCGACAAUCUACGAGAAUCGGUACGAGAUUCAGGAUGCUUCUUCCGGGGUAACAGAGUGUCUCAAAGAGCUUAUCCAGCUUCGUCUGGCUCGUUGGCUUCCUAUAAGCGCGGUCGCUUGUACGGCACUUCCGCUGGUUUUGCACAUACUGGACGUGAAACUCUCCUCCCCGAAUGGGCCUGGAAAUUCGUUCGAUCCUAAUGCACAGUCAGCCCUCAAGCAGCACCGCCUCAAUAUUCUGAUCGAGGCCAUGAAGACAUAUCAACCACAAUAUGACGGCGUCGAUUGGGUCAGCGAGACGAUAAGACACAUCAUCAACCUAGCGCAACUUGACGACGGCAACAACAGCCGUAAGGGCGGCAAUAACAACGGAGGAGGCAUCAGCGACUGGACAGACAUCCUGUCAUCACAUCCGUCCGCCUAUCUCCGCCUAGCGCUGACGAUGGACCUCAGCCUAAGCAAGAACAGGCUUCCUGAGGAAGGUGAUUUCCCUGCCAGUCUGCGAGGACUCUUUACAGGCGGCUUCAGCCCAAUAAAGAUCUUACUAGGUCAUCACGGCGGGAAAGUCCCGCAAAAUGCGCCCGCGGCCGCCCAGACUAUGGCUGGUCUGACAUCGCAGUCUGGCCCAUCUAUGCAGACAUUGUCGGACUGGGCAGCAGUUGAUCAAGCGAUGGCCUUUGGAUUAGAGACAGGCACGCUGCAAACUCUACCUUCUGACGAGGAAACAUCGCCGGCAUCUACGGGCCACGGCACGGAGGGGACAUCGCCUGACGGGCCAGUGGUGGGGGAAGCCAACAUCGGUGAGAUGGCCGACCAGGCUUUCGCCGAGGCCAUGGACAUUCUGGAGGGCAAUGUCAUGGACGCGUUUGGGUUCCGCGACGAGGACACUGGAUCUCCCAGUGAUAUUGACGGCGUCAGCUUUGAUGAUGGCGGCGAGGGCCCUGGUGAGUGGGUUGAGAAAGCGUGGCAUGAGGAGGACGGUGCAGAAUAUCGAGCUGAUCAGGAGACAGCCAAAGCGUUGUUAGAGGCAAUGGACACAGAUCCGGUCGGUUGUGCGGCGUGA